GCUUGAGCCUUCCACUUUGCUAGCUACCACACUUACACGUAGCUAGCUUAAUCAGCUAGGGCGCCCUACUACUAGGGUGGUGUAGCUAUCAUCAGCUGCUAGAGCUAGCACCACUCGCCGUCCGGCGACCAUGGUGGCGAAGCAGCAGCAGCUCGCCACAGGUGGCGGCCCCAAGAUGGGGGCGGAGAAGCUGAUCAUCCGGUCGGAGAAGGUGCGGUUCGUCGACAUCCUGUCGAUGCUGUUCCUGCGCCGCCCGAUCACCAGCUACCCGUUCGUGGAGGCCGGCGACCAGACCGCCGCCGACGUCGGCAGCACGCCGGGGGACAUGUUCGUCCUGCUCACGCAGAUCAUCCAGAAGGCGCUCGCCGCUGCCUACUACCCGGCGGUGAUGAUCGGCACCGUCGUCGAGUUCAUCCUCAACUUCAUCGCGCUCAACAAUGGCAUACUCGGCAUCUUCCUGAACAUCUUCAGAUGUAAGCUGGUGAUCCCGCUGAACCGGGAGGCGCCCAACUUCCGGUCGAUGAUCGGGAUGAUCGACGGGAGGACGGAGCUGAAGCCGCUGCCGGCGGGCGGCGGCCCCGACGACCGGCGGCUGCAGGUGGUGGGCGUCUCCGGCGCCGGAAAGGCGGCGACGGUCGGGGAGGACUACUACGUCGACGUGGAGAGCGGCGAGUGCGGCGGCGCGUCGGUGCCGCUCGUGCACCAGCAGUACGUGAACGGCCGGCUCAUCCGCCUCCGCACCUUCUCCAUCUUCGAGGUCACCGUCAUGGCCGCCAAGAUCGCCUACGAGAACGCCGCCUACAUCGAGAACGUCGUCAAGAACGUCUGGAAGUUCAACUUCGUGGGCUACUACAGCUGCUGGAACAAGUUCGUUGGCGACCACACGACGCAGGCGUUCGUGAUGACGGACAAGGAGGCGGACGCGAGCGUGGUGGUGGUGUCGUUCCGCGGCACGGAGCCCUUCAACAUGCGGGACUGGUCCACGGACGUGAACCUCUCGUGGCUGGGCAUGGGCGCCAUGGGCCACGUCCACGUCGGCUUCCUCAAGGCGCUGGGCCUCCAGGAGGAGGACGGCAAGGACGCCGCCCGGGCCUUCCCCAAGGCGGCGCCCAACGCCGACGCCGGCAAGCCCCUCGCCUACUACAAGCUCCGCGAGGUCAUCCAGGACCAGCUCAAGAAGCACCCCAAGGCCAACCUCGUCGUCACCGGCCACAGCCUCGGCGGCGCGCUCGCCGCCAUCUUCCCGGCGCUCCUGGCGUUCCACGGCGAGCGGGACGUCCUCGACCGCCUCAUCUCCGUCGUCACCUACGGCCAGCCGCGCGUCGGGGACAAGGUCUUCGCCGCCUUCCUCCGCGCCAACGUGCCCGUGGAGCUGCUCCGGGUGGUGUACCGGUACGACGUCGUGCCACGGGUGCCGUUCGACGCGCCGCCGGUGGCGGAGUUCGUGCACGGCGGGACAUGCGUCUACUUCAACGGGUGGUACAAGUGCACCGCCAUCGCCGACGGCGGGGACGCGCCCAACCCCAACUAUAUCGACCCGAGGUACCUGCUGUCCAUGUACGGCAACGCAUGGGGGGACCUCGUCAAGGCCGCCUUCCUGGGGAUGAAGGAGGGCAAGGACUACCGGGAGGGCGCCGUGUCGCUGCUCUACCGCGCCGCCGGCCUGCUCGUGCCCGGCCUCGCGUCGCACAGCCCCAGGGACUACGUCAACGCCGCCCGCCUCGGCAGCAUGACGGCCAAGGAGGCCUGAUCGAUCGUCCAUGAUGAUGAUGAAUUUCACUGUUCGUGAUCGAUCUAGACCUACCUACUAUACUAUAUAUGAGCCGUGGAAGAGAUGAACAAUAAGGUUCUAUUUUAUUUUAUUUUUUCCAGCUUUUGGGGAUUAGCUGCGAUCGAGUGUGUGUGUGUGUGGACUCUGCAGAGAUCGAGAAGCUGGCUGCUGCUGCGUGUUCAUUUCCAUGUGUAUCUUUGCAAAUAAUUGGAAUAAUAAGCUUCAAUAUUAUGCUUC